AAUAUAUUUAAUAUAUGAAUAAUCAACCUGUUUAUAUGUCUGUUGAACAAAUUAAUGCUUUAUUUUAAAGGGACUCAACAUUUGAGAUGAGAGAUGAUCGUAUUAAUUCAUUCUAAAAUGAUUAAAAAAAGAAUGAAGUAAUCAUAUUUAAUAAGUUAAAGACUUGGAAGUCUGAGAGUGCUGAAUGUGAAGAAAAUAGGCCAACAAAUUAAAGUGAGAGUAUGAUGAUGAGUAAGAAUAUUUUUGGUUAAAGUUUUUAAGUUACGAGAGAGGAGUAUUAGAGUUUAUAAUAGGAAUAUGAGAGACGUAAGGAUAUGGAAGAGAAAUAUAAGGAAGACAUAAACAGAUUAAUGAGAGAACUUAAAUAGAAGAGUGCAGAAGUGGAAAAUGUAAAGAGAGAUUAGGAUAUUUUAUUUGAAUAGAAUUAAAGAAGAGAAUGUAAUUGAUUAUUAAUAAAAUCAAAAGCGAUACUUCAGAAUCUGAGAUCAUAAAUACAAGAAGCUAAUAAUAGGGAAUAAAAAGCUGUUAUUGAAUUAGCAGAGAUGUAAGAAUAACAUCUGUAGGUGAAAUAACAAUUAGAAAUAGUCUAGCAGAAAUACAAUUGUUUACUCAAACAACAUAAGUUUGAAAUUGAUAGAAAAGAUAAGUAAAUAGAUUAACUCAAGAGUUAAAUUGUAUCCUUAAAUGAGGAUAAUGAUAAACUAAAAAAUGAACCUUAGGCAGGGAUUUCUCAUCUCGAUUCUUAGAGGAUGUCAUAAGAAAAGAUUUAAAAUUAAUGUGCAUAAUUUAAUUCGAAUGCAUAUAAGAGUAGCAUUUAAUUUUAGAAAGAAAAGCCAAUUACAUAGAUUUAGUUUAAGAGUAAUUAUGAUUCUAAAGUAACCUUCGGUAAAAAGUCUCAAAACUCAUUAAAAUAAUAACAAUCAUAAUCUGAUUUGUAGUAGAAAGGACAAUGAGUUUAAUAUUAUAUAUAUAAAAA